GACAGUUCCGCUGCAGACAGCCUGUCAAACCCAGCGCAUAGGUAAUGUAGGCUCACAGGUUACGGAACUGAUCGAAUCGGGCGGUACCGAAGGAAUUAUUAUCCAGCACAACUAUACAGCAUUUGUUUCACCAUGGACUCAUUCAGACGGUUUCAGGAUGACGACUAUAAAAACUGGAUUAAAACGACCAUGGGUCUGAAUUGUCUUAAAACGCGACUAGGAGGAUUCCUGGAACACGAAACCGAAACGUACCACAAUCAACUCCGAAACAAAGUGAACGCAAACAAAGGCGAUCUAUGUACAACACAAUGUAACCUGAAGAAAUGGAUGCCCAGGGCAAAGCAGGUUCCUCAAGUGUGUGAAGUGUGCGAGCCAUGGAGAGAUGAGAUCUGGGCCAACCAUUCAUUUAAAGGCGGACAGGUCUACUGGAGUAACUCCAAGCCGUACCUGUGGCCUACGAAAAAAUGGGAGGUAGCCAAGGUCUACAUGCCCCGUGGAAAUAUGGACCACACCACUGUGGACCAAUUUGACAUCUCGGCCUUCCUCAAUCUCAUGAGCCAAUGCAGCUACUUUGCCAAGUUUGUGAAGUCCAAAACUCUUAUCACACAGGUGACCAACGUGAGGAACCAGGUGAUGCACUCGGCUGACUUCCGGGUGGAGAAGGGGGAGUUAGAAUCUUACCUAGGGCGAAUCAAAGACCUGGGCCAGGCUCUGAAAACACACUACCCCAAAUUCAGUGAGCUGACAGAGGAGAUCGAACAGCUCCAGAAUACAGACUUCAGUUUUAUCAUGAGCUGUGUUGGGAAGAAGAUUGCACUUGCAGCAGAUAAUAAGGUCCCAGAGAGCAUGCUGAAACUCCAGAACUUUCUGAGUCUGGAACAACAGAUACUGAAGGAAAAGUUGGAGUGUCUGUCCCAACGCUAUGAAGAGGACAGAGAGACAGCCCUUACUCUGGAGGAGUUGCAGUGUGUGAGGGUGUUUCUGGAGGGGAACAAUGACCUGCAGGAGAGCCUGGCGCCACAGUGGGAGAGACUGACAGAGGUGCAGGAAAAAGUGGACACACUCACCGUCAGAGUGGACACACUGGAGAGGAACACACGCACACACGAUCCUGAGUUCAGUACUGACAUCCUCAAAUAUAAGAACCAUCUGUAUGAGGAGGCCAGGAGGCAAGGGUGGCCUGAGCCUGUCUUCUCAGAGAUAAAGGAAGCCCUCGGUUACAGGGGUCGUGUGCGGGUGAGAGGUCAGACAUUUGAAGGUGUUCAGGUGUGCCCAAAGUCGAAGACAGCACACCAGGAAGUGGCUAAACUGGCCCUGAGCCAGCUUGCCAAGGACAGUGCUAGCCUGAGUGAGCUAGCCAAUGACACAGAGGAGGGAGAGGCAUCCAGUAGCCAGACGGACCAACCACAAAGCCUCUCAUGCACAGAUGGCCCGGGGUUCGUUAUGUGUGUGGCGGUACGUGUGCAGAAGGACCUCGACCCACACGAGGCCUCCUCUCGAGAGGAGGCGCUACAGGCAGCCUACUGCAGUCUGCUCCAGGGCCUGUCCCUGGGGCCGCCGCCUACAGCAGGUGGUGAGAAGCAGAGUGUGCUGGAGUUCUUCAGACGGGCAAAGUGUGUUCCCCCAGUGGAGGACUGUGUAACAACGAUGGAGGGAAAGCACAGAUGCACUCUAAGAAUCGUAGGCGAGCUCACCUUCCACAGCACAGAGGCGGCCCCCAAAAAGCAGCAGGCAGAGCAUUGUGCAGCUAAGGAGGCCCUGAGGCGUCUGAAUGGGGUCCUGAGUGGGGUUUUGGGCGGAGACAUCGGCAGAGCGGGUCCAAACUACAAGGGUAAACUCCAGGAGUUGCUGGCCAAGCAUGGAGGAGGAGCCAAGCCAGAGUACAAAAAUACUGAGGCUAACAAGAUCAGAACAGGAGCCGCUGCAAGUCAGAUGAGCGGGGAAACUGCUGCUGUUGGCACUACUCUACAAGGUGACAAGUUGUCAAUUACCACGGAGACAACACCUGACGAUUCCGGCCCGCCUCCGUCUAAGAGAUCUGCAGGGGGAGAGAUGGAAGAAAUCCGGCGGUGUCUGGCACUGUGGAGUCUGCAGCCCCCGUGUGUGGUGUGUGAGGAUGUGUCUGUGGAGCAGUUGUGUAAGUGGAUGGUGGAGGUCCGACUAGACCGCCAUGCCUUCCGGAACCAGACCCUGUUCAGCUCUAAGAAAGAGGCUAUCUGCUGGUCCUGCCACAGCCUGGGUACAGCAGGGGAUAUCUUCCAGCCUGGCACCGACGAGAGUAAGUCCACAGAGGUGGUGAAGAAAUUUUUCCUGCAGCGGUCGUUCCCGUGGCCUGUGGAGGAAGUAGCAGAACCAGAGAAGGGCAGGUUCUGCUGCAAUCUCAAAGACAUCACCUGUGUCUUCACUUACCGUGGAGAGGGUUCCAGUGAGGCUGCAGCAUGUCAGUCGGCCUACCAGAGGGCGCUGUCUCGUCUUGCUCCUUUCAUUGGCUACUGUGCUCCUGUGGCCCCACCCAGCAGCACUGAGGAUGCGAAGCAAAAGCUCAGCACUCUGUUGGAGGGGACAGCCCUUACAUCUGUGAACUCCGCCCUUUCAGAAACUCAGUACAGAAUCUCCGCCCAGCUUAGGUUCUUGGGGUACAGCAUGGAGACUGAAGGACAGGACAGUAAGAAAGCUACCAGAGCCCAACUCAGCCAGCGCUUACUGGGCCUACUUGGGGAGGAUGAGAUGGACUCCACAGCCUCGGCGAGGAACGUUCUAGAUGAGUGGUUUGUGAAGAAAGGUCUGGAGAAACCUGUAUUUGAGUACACUAAUGACAAGUUUGGGACAAAAGUCACCUUCUCUGCCCCUCUCAUCUGCUCCUACAAAGAGUGGCAAGCCAGCCGGGAGAAAGCUAAGAAGAAAUUAAUCGAUGAACUGCAGAGGCGGGUCAAAUACUUUUGUGAAGGAAGCACCAACUGAGGGCCCACUGACCAAUCAUAAAAGAUAGUUUUACUUCCCCUUGGCUCCUGCAUGAAACGACAAAAUGUCCUCUAUUUCCCAGUCUGGAUCUCUCUCUUCCAAGUUUUCCCUCUUUUCAUCAGUCUUGUGGUGUUGGUGACAGAUGUGUCUGUCUGUAAUAGUAUGGCUUUAAUACUAUAUAUAAUUCACUCUUUGCAUGCACUGUUUUUACCACCAGGUCCUGAUAUGAAAUGAUCCUACAUUUAGCAGCUCUUUUAUUUUUUUUACUCCGUCUAGUAACAUAAUGAAUGUACUUCUGUGCAUCCCAGAUGUAUUACAUUUUAAUCUGUAACAAUUACCGAAGUAUUUUAACACGAAAUGAAAAUGCUCCUCUCUGAUAAUAAGAAAUACCAUCCACUACUUUGAAUGAUGUACUUGUCUGUCUCACCUGUCUCUGAAAUGACUGGUCUUACUGGUGUGAACAGGGGUUAAUGGGAAACACUGGUGUAACCGUUCCGCUGUCAACUGGCCAAAGUAUUUUGUAUGGUUGGCUGAGUGUAAGUAAUGUCGGGCGAAUUGUGUGGAAUCCUGGAGUGGGUUGGUUGAAACAUUAUACACCACUAUGCUGAGGUUUCAGCCCCAAUAUAAGAACUCUAAUGUCGUUGGUCUUAACAUCUUAUGAAGAGAGUCUGACGACUAGUCAAUAAACAUAUUUUUUUAAAUGGCA